UCCUGCUGGUUUGACACUGAAGGUGCACUAAGCUGCUUUCCCUGCUGUGCUGUCCAGUUCUUCCACUCAUAUCCAGGCUUUAACUGCAACCAAGUAACCUGCUAAAUUUCCAGGAGAUAGAGCUCUUCCACAUCUCUGCAGUGCAACCAUGGCUACAACAGAAUCAAUCUUUCCAGACCAAAGCGACUUUGAUUAUGACUAUGAGACAUUGCGGACCACAGGCGUUAUCCUCGCUGUUAUUAUGUUUGUCUCUGGCAUUUUAAUAGCCCUGAGCGGUGUACACCCAGCUGAUGGCAUGCUGCUUGAAUGGCAAAACAAGAAGAAAGACAAGCUUCUGUUUGAAAACUCAAGCUCUUCUGGUACCCAAAUUCCAAAGACAGAGAUUACUCCUCCAGCCGUAUAGAAAAUGUAGAAUGUGCAUAAAAAAGAAGAACGCCAUCCACUGAUCGAUACAAGAAAAUCCACACCAGCUAUUUUGUAGAAAUUCUUCCUGAGAUAAAAUACCUCUGCCAGCUGGAUGGAUGGUUGGUGGUUAUUUAACAGGGUUUCCCAACAUAUCCUAGUAUGAUCACAACCAUCCCACUGAAUUCUGAUAAAUAAAGAUAUUCCCAUCAAUAAGACUCCAUAAGGUGCACUUAAAGAAAUAUUACAAAUGUGAUUUCUCAUUUGUAUAUUUUAUUCCUGUUAAACAAUAAAAUUGAAAGCAUGGUUACACAAUAUAAAUUUGUCAUAAAUUUGUCAAUUUUGCAUUAAUGCACCUGCAUGU